UUAGCACGGCCCUGCCAGGCGGGAUGGCUCUUUAUUGCCGGCUGCAUUAUACUGGCUGAGUGCAACUGGCUGACAUUUGUACUUGGUCUGGCCCAAUAAAGAAGGACUUAUUGACUCGCUGCUGAUUGUGCUAAAUACACAGGCGCUGUCCGUGCUGGAGCUGCUUACUCUCCCUGAGCCCUCAGCUUCACAAUAAUUGUAUUUGUGGUUGAGAAACAGUCUGCGGUGCAACAAAACAGCAAUGAGUUUCAUGUGCCCCUCGCUGCACUGCUGACCCUUCCACCAUAGCAUGGCCAGCCCCUUUCCUCCAGUCACUCACUAUGGUAGGAUGGUGCUAGGAGCGCUGUAUGGAUUCUGUAUAAUAUACUGCUCUGGACAGGGUUUGGGCUUUUCCUGUCUUCCCAUUCACUUUGAAUAAGGGGAAUUUUUAAUGUUUUGCAACUCUUCCAAUCCCAUAGAGCAAAGUGCUAGGAGUUCCCCUCUGUGCCAUUGUCAUACUACCCUAGGUAACUGUGUCCGUUCUAUGUACAUAAAGCAUCAUACAUACAUCUGUAUGUGUUUGGUGAGAGCUGCCACACUGGUUGCUCUAGCACGUAUGUGUGACAAUGCCUUUACAGACCCAGAUGAAUUCACUUCUCUUAUAGAAUGGUAACAGGCAUGCUUGGCUCGGCUCAGCAAUAGGUUAUUUACUUGGGUUUGGCAAGAAAUGGUGUUUUAUUUUCUCUAAAUGGUAAAUAUAAUAUCCUUUAAAUACCAAGUAAGAUUCCUGGAAACCAACCAGGAAGUGCUGAUGUUUGUAAAUGAGGGUGGCGUGAAGUUGCUCUAUAGCAUGUUGUGUGUCGGCUGGAUGUUGACUCUCUGUAUUUCUCUCCGCAUAGUGAGCUCAUCGUGCAAGAUUUUGAAGUGCACUGCCGACUACUUGCAAGCGACUUCAAACCCACAUCAUCACGCAGGACCUGAGGACACAGUGGAGAUCUGCACCGCACUGCGCACCUACGCCCACUGCAGCCGACGCACGGCACGCACUUGCAGAGGAGACCUUGCUUACCAUUCAACUGUCCAUGGCAUUGAUGACCUCAUGAGCCACCAUAACUGCUCCAAGGAUGGCCCCACCUCUCAGCCACGCAUACGCAUCUUGCCUCCAGGGGACAGCCAAGAGCGCUCCGACAGCCCCGAAAUAUGCCAUUAUGAGAAAAGCUUCCACAGACCCUCUGCCCUUCCAAACUAUACCCACUGUGGCCUCUUUGGAGACCCACACCUUAGGACGUUUUCAGACACUUUCCAGACCUGCAAAAUACAAGGUGCUUGGCCCCUCAUAGACAAUAAUUACUUGAAUGUGCAGGUUACCAACACUCCCGUGCUUCCAGGAUCAAUUGCCACAGCCACCAGCAAGUUGACAAUAAUUUUCAAGAAUUUCCAGGAGUGUGUGGACCAGAAAGUAUACCAAGCUGAGAUGGAUGAGCUUCCUGCAGCUUUUGUUGAUGGUUCGAAAAAUGGUGGGGACAAGAGCGGAGCCAACAGCUUGAGAAUCAUUGAGAAAGUGGCAGGGCAGCACAUUGAGAUCCAGGCCAAGUACAUAGGCACCACAAUUGUGGUCCGGCAGGUGGGUCGCUACCUGACCUUCGCUGUCCGGAUGCCAGAGGAGGUGGUGAAUGCUGUGGAGGACAAGGAUAACCAGGGACUUUACUUGUGCCUCCACGGUUGCCCUCAAAACCAGCAGAUUGACUUUCGAACCUUUCACUCGCAAGCCCCAGAGACUGGUCUCAAGAGGCUAACCAGUGCCGCCUCCAGUGCUGCUUCCUUCACUCCACAGACCGCAGAAGCCAAGUGCAAGGAGAAGCUGCCGGUGGAGGACCUCUACUUCCAGUCUUGCGUUUUUGACCUCCUUACAACAGGGGAUGUGAAUUUCACACUAGCUGCUUAUUAUGCCUUUGAGGAUGUGAAACUAUUACACUCCAACAAGAACAAAGUCCAUUUGUUUGAAAGGACCACAGGCUUGGGGCCUUCCAAUACAGCCCCCUCAGCAGGAGUGGAUGUUCCCCAACUCCUAGUGGCUUUGGUGUGUUUGAUUCAGUGCUGUGCAAUGUUGCUGUAAUUCUAUGUUUACUGUGUAAAUUCCCAACUGAAUAGGACUAUUUAAAUAAAAAAGAAAAAAAAAAAAGAGAGAGACAGCUGUAGUUGAGCAGUUCCCCUUACCGAGAUGUAUUAGGUAUUUUAAAAGCACUCAGAAAUGUCAAAACAUUUUCCCUUAACUUACACACCCAGCGAUUGACUCCGAAAAGGCAGAAGCAGCAGCAGUGUGCAAUUCUCAUUUGGAACUGUGCCUAAUGAAAAAAGGACUGCUGGCAGGAGAAAGCAGCCAUCGGUUUAGCUGCUGCGCAACUGCAUCAAGUAUUAACCCCUUCCCACAAGAGUGUUCUUAGUGAUGUAGAGCAGGGCAGUUACCCAGCUGUCAGGCAGUCUCAAGCAAAUCCCACGGCUCUCUAGCCCAAAAGGAAAUAGCUGUUAGUGCACUGGUAUUUUUAUGGCUAUCGACAUUACCUAGGGCAGUUCAUUAAAAGCACCAUACCUCAUCUACUGGAGAUAACAAGCGCAAAAGCAGAGGGGGUGGGUGCCCUCUGUAGCUCACUUAUGGUACUGCAGGCAUUGUGGUGGCUGUGACAUUUGUGAAUGUGGCUUUGUGUUUCAUAAUAAGCUCUUAAUGCAUGAACUGUUAUUGAUUCUGGCCCAGAAUGAGAUGCCUUGUAAGGAAUGACAAGUAUAUUCAUAUGAAAUGCCAGAACGUUGUUUGUGUAAAGGUUCUCUUGUGUAGUGCUGGUAUUUAUUCAGUUCUUUAAAAGGGGUGGCAAACUGCUAUAUGGCAGCUUUUGUUCCCAGCCCCCCCCUCCAGGGGAUAACUGACUACACCUCAUUAUGGUUAGCCCCCACUCCAGUGAAAGAGGCCCUGUCUGCAGGCGAGACAGUGUUAGGGACUGCAGAAGCCUUAAAAAAUAGAACCACCCAGAAGUCAUGUUGGCAUUGCAUUGAGCCUUCCCAGCAUCGGACAGGUGUGUGGGGGUCCCAUCACCGGGCGCCCCCCAGUGGGUGGCUGUAGCAGUGCAGGCAGCAUUUUGGUACAAGUGAAUUACUGGAACAACUGUAUAGUGUAAAUACAACAAAAGAGAAAUCCCUAUGUAAAGCAAAAGAAAUGCAACGUGUAUUUGUAUGUAAUUUAUGUUGUCUCUAAUAUAUGGAGCUCUCGUGUUCUUUUUAGUCUCGCUGUACAUAGGAAAAGGUGUAAUUUGUUCCAGUGUAAAAAAAAUAGAUGUGUUUACUACUUUUUUUUUCUUCUGUUUUAACUCUUUCUUAACUCCUUGACUGAAAAUGAAAACCUAGAAGCCAAGUUGCUGCGGAGGUAAUGCUGCAGGGCUGUAAACCUUAGCCUGGGGCUCUGUAGUAUUUGUGAAACUACAUCUUUCAGAAUCCCAUGCAGGGAGUUGUAGUACAACAAUAGCUGGAGAGGCACAAGGUACUGUAGGACAUGUACGUGGCAUCUACCGCAGCUCAUAUACCUUACCCACUCCAUUCUUGUAUGUAUGUCCAGGUUCCUAGGCAGAACAAUACCUCCUAACACUUCUGGGAGUUGUAGUUGUGGGAUGCCGGGGGCUGCUUAGCCCUAACCUGGCACAUACCAUAUACCCAUAUUGGUUUCAGAAGCAUUUCCCCUUUGCAUAGUCGAUUCCAUCCUUCUGACUCCAGUUUAUUCCUGGUUAUUUCCUUGUAAUCAUCCGACUGCUAAACAUUCCCCACAAACAUCAGCCCUGCCUUGUUUUAUAGCUGGGGAUUCCACAUGCGGGAUCAGAAAUAGAGCAGCGGUCCUUUAUUGGAAUGAAUGUAAUGUUUACACUAACAAGACAGAGAAGCAUUCAUCCAAGUUAAAUAUGUGUAAGCACUGCUGAUAUCCCUAUAGAAACAUAGGAAGCAGGAACAUUGGAGAAAAGUACAGUGAUGUAGCUGCCAUGGUUCCCAGGAAUGAGGGAACAGUAGGCCUGGGCCUGGGCAUCUAUGGCUUCUGUGACUCCAUAAUGUUAUUAAGAUCUGUAAUAUUUCUGUCAUAGAGUGGGAAAGGACUGGUGGAUUCUGGGAGAAAGAACAACACUCUCUCCUGUUUCAUUGCAAAGUGAUUAAGUAAUUAAGCAUUGUGUCCUACUACCAUUAAAGAGACAUAAUCAUUUCAUUCCCAAAUACAUAUAUAAAGUAUUUCCCUAUACAUUAUUUUCCAGCGCUACCCAUUUCUUUCUGUGUCCUAUUUAAGUCUAGUCUUCAGCCCUGUGAACAUUGCUUUUUCCAUCUUUCUCCUAAAUCCCUAAUGACACUGAGUGGGUGGAUAGAGAUGCAGCACAGAGCAGCGUGCCUGCGAUGGCGAAUACAGGUGUGUAUUCCCCUCUGUACCUGCGUCGGCAUCCCCACCAGAUGGGCACAGUGUGGGUCCCAUCACACAUCCCAGACAGUCGCCCAUUGGACAUCACUGCUAAAUGUUCCGUACAUGUGCGAUCAUCACUUUGCAAGAAUUACAUUGGUUGUGCUUAGCGAGGAAAGGAUUAUUGCCGGCAUUUUCCCUGUCUAUAAAAGUCAAGUGAAGCACUUUAUUUUGGUGGAAUUUAACAAAGGACCUGGUUAAAUAAUGCCAAGAUAGACCCAUCCGUAUAGUACAAGGGACAAAGGGAAACCAAUUCUGUUCUUAAAGUCACAGAAACAUUGCCUUGUGUAGAUAAUGUAAAUUAUUUAUUGAAAAAAUUCAAGUAAAAAUUUUUUAACAACGA